AUGAAUGUAACCCAAUCAACUUUAUUGACAAAUAAUGGUACCACCAACACCACAGCAACUGUCCCUUUGCCCCCUACUACUACAAUCCAAUCUUCAAAUGAAGCACCAAGGACUCUCUGGAUGGGUGAUCUAGACCCUCAAUUCAGUGAAAUUACUAUCCAGGCAUUGUGGGAAUCACUAAACAAGAAAGUGAAAGUCAAAUUAAUCAGGGCAAAGAAAAAUUUAUUGAUACCAUGUUCCACAUCAAGUACUUUGUCAAACAACUUUAAUAGUUCCAAUAAUAAUUUUGGUUCCGGAGAUAAUAAUAUCACUCAAAGCAUUAACAUAAAUGGUGUUAAUUUUAUAGAUCCUAAUACAACUCACCUACAUCAUGCAGGAUACUGUUUUGUAGAAUUUAAAUCAUUUCAAGAUGCGCAAUACGGUUUAACUUUAAACAGUACACCCAUUCCAAACUUGCAAGAUCCAACAAACAACUAUCAUUGGACUAACCCAGACAAUAAACGAACAUUUAGACUAAAUUGGGCCAGUGCAGCAACUUUAGAAACUACAAUUCCUUUAACUCCCGAAUAUUCCUUGUUUGUAGGUGACUUGGCACCAAGUUGCACCGAAGCUGACUUGUUAACUUUGUUUCAGACAAGAUAUAGUAGCGUUAAAACUGUCCGUGUUAUGACAGACCCUAUUACAGGUGCAAGCAGAUGUUUUGGUUUCGUGAGAUUUGCUUCUGAACUAGAAAGGGAACGUGCCAUGAGAGAAAUGAACGGAGUGUGGUGUAAAGGAAGAUGUUUAAGGGUCGCUCAUGCUACCGCAAGACAAACUACACAGAGUUCCAUAACCAACGCUAAUAAUAAUAACAUUAAUAACUCACCAGCUUCAUCAACUUCCGACAGUCCUUUAAACAACACGAUCAACGCCAAUAAUAGUAGUAGUAAUAAUUCUGCCACCAGUAGUAUUGGUUCAGAACCCACAAAUAAAAAUAAUAAUAAUAAUAAUAAUAAUAAUAGUAGUAGUAAUAAUAAUAACACCACGUUAUUUGUUGGUGGCAUGCCAUCUUCUAUUGACGAAAUGCAAUUGCAACAUUUAUUUCAACCGUUCGGUUUAAUCCAGCAAAUCAAAAUAUUACAAAAUAAUACUAAUGGCACACGAAAUAGAAGUAAUAGUAUUUUAUUAUCUUCUUCAUCUUCUUUUCACCAACAGAAUAACAUAAUUAAUAAGGACACUCAGGGCGGAAAUUGUGGUUUUGUUACUUUUCUUAUUAGAAGAGAUGCAGAAGCUGCUAUUACAGGAUUACAUGGAUUUAUAGUCAAUGGAGCCGUAUUGCGUGUAUCCUGGGGUAAAGGAAAUAAUAAUAAUAAUAAUAAUAAUAAUAAUAGUCCACUCUAUAACAAUUUUACCAAUAGUAAUGUCAUUAAUAAUGUACUUGGAACUUUAGAUGAGACUCAAGAAGCAUUAAUGAAUCGGCUCUCAACUAUUAGUAGAAAUCAAGUAGUGCUGACAAAUCCGGUCGAUAAUAUCAACGACAAUAAUAAUAAUAAUAAUAAUAAUAAUAAUAAUAAUAAUAAUACAACUUCUUCCAAUUUGAAUUACCUUGUUAUGAGGGAUAGAAGUUUUUCACUACCAUCUUCUUCUCCUUCCAUAUCUAAUACCAAUACUACUAGCAGCAAUAAUAUCAACAACACUGAAUUACCAUUGUUGCAGCAACAAAUCCUUUCAACGCCCUUCAAUUCCACCAAUAUUAAUUCUAUACCUAAUGCAAACACCAGUUUUAAUUCAGCGUUGAAUAUGCAACAACAAUAUUUGUUUCACAAUAAUCAAAAUGGUACGAGUUCUAAUUGGAUCGCACCAUCUUCUUCAAUUCUUGGUGGUAAUAUGAGUAAUCCUAACGAAGGGACCAAUGACGGUAUUUCUGCAACCGCUUUUACUACUGAUAUUAAUAAUAACAAUAAUAAUAAUAAUAAUAGUACCGGUAGAAGUACCAAUUUUAACAAUAUUGUAAAUACAGCUCAGGUUUUUCAACCUAUUGGUGGCUCUAAUAGUUUCUCUGGCCAUAUUAACAAUAAUACUCGUAAUAUAGACAGCAAUGGCAACAUUCCAUCUCUUGUUCCAUCUGCUAACAUUGUAUCUCAAAAGCAAUUACAACUUCAAACACAACAAAAUUAUAUGCACGGGUAUAAUAGUAACAAUACUGCACCUGCUGCUAAUAUCAAUAAUAAUAAUCUGCAACAACAACAACAACAACUUCAGUUUUUGUUACAACAACAACAUCAACAACAUCAAAAAAACGGAUCUAUUAAUUCAUCAUCCAUGUUUUAA